AUGUUGAUUGUUUAUGUAACCAUUGCUCUUGCAAUCAUCGUCAACACCAUUUUCCAAUGCGCGUCCGAUCGAAAAUCACCGCAGCGUCGCGCUUCUCAGCGUAGUAAUCGUCGAUCAAGAAAAUCGAAUGCUUCGACGAAAUCGACGCAAUCAUCGCGUCGAAGCGGCAGCCGCGCGACGCGACGACGUCGUCCGAAGCCGUCGCGAUCGAAAUCCACAAAGUCGAGCUCGCGAAAAUCGGCGUCCAACAAAUCAAAAUCGAAGAGACUGAACCCGUCGGAGCGCAAAAUCCAAGCAAUGCUGCUCGCCGACAAAAAAGCGGCGUCGAAAGCCGUCGUCCGACGAGCCGACGCCCAAAAUCCGAGCUCCGAGAGCGCCGAGCUCAAUAUCACCACCUAUGCCAAUAUUCGUGUGAUUCCCCAUGAGGUCGCGUUCAAACCAUUCGGCGGUCUCAAGCAAAUUCGAAUUCGAAACGCCACCAAAGAAACGUCGGCAUUUCUGGUUAAAUGCUCGGACAAUCUUCUAUACAGUGUGAAUCCGGUGUUCGGCAACGUUGAGCCGAACACCGACACCGUGGUGAAUGUGCUCCGCGAGAAUGGCGGUCCGAAAUCGGACAAGCUUGUUGUGGUCACCACAAAGAACGCGCCUGGCCGCAGUGCCAUUCAGGCAUUCGAAGAGCUCCAAAUGAAUAAUUCGCUCGAUUACAAUGUGAAUGUCAUUCCGCUGGUCGUUGAAUAG